UAUAUUGCUCUCUCCCGUUGCUUCCUCGGCUGGGCUCCCAUUCCGACGCGUCGCGGGCGCCUUUUCCCAGUGAUUCCAAGCGAUUCAUCGUGUUCUUUCGGGAGCCCCCACGGGUGCGUGCAAGCAUUGCAACAUUUGGGGGAGACAGGAGACUGGUGAUAAGAGGUCGACCGGCUCGGCGAUGAGGGGCAGCGCCUCGGCGGGACACCAGCGAUGGGGCUCCGCGGGGACGACGCCGCGGUCGCUGAGCACGGGCUCGUCGCCGCUCGGGUCCGAGGACGGGGAGGAGCUGGUCGAGGUCACGCUCGACUUGCAGGACGACGACACCAUUGUGCUGCGGAGCGUCGAGCCGGCGGCGGCCGAGGCCGCGGCGCCGUCGGGCUCCGGGACCUUGAGGCUGCCGCCGCCGCGGGGUGAGCUCGCGGAAGGCGGCGGCGCGUCGUCGUCGUCGUCACGGUCGCCGUCGAUGCGCCGGACCUCGUCGCACCGGCUGCUGCAGUUCUCGCAGGAGCUCAAGGCGGAGGCCAUGGCCCGCGCGCGGCACUUUUCGCAGGAGCUGACCAAGCGGUUCGGCCGCAGCCACAGCCGCGGGGAAGGGCAAGGGCAGCCGCCGCCGUCGUCCGGCAUCGAGUCCGCGCUCGCCGCCCGCGCCGCGCGUAAGCAGCGCGCGCAGCUCGACCGCACGCGGUCUGGUGCCCACAGGGCGCUCCGCGGCCUCCGGUUCAUCAGCAGCAACAAGGCCAACAACGCCUGGAGGGAAGUCCAGGCCAAUUUCGAUCGCCUCGCCCGCGACGGCUACCUCUCCCGCUCCGAUUUCGCGGAAUGCAUAGGGAUGACGGAAUCCAAGGAGUUCGCUCUCGAGCUGUUCGACACAUUGAGCCGGCGGCGAAGGAUGAAGGUCGACACAAUCAGCAAGGAGGAGCUGCGAGAGAUCUGGCAGCAGAUCACCGACAACAGCUUCGAUUCCCGCCUCCAAAUCUUCUUCGACAUGGUGGAUAAAAAUGCGGACGGCCGGAUUGGGGAGGCGGAGGUGAAGGAGAUUAUUAUGUUGAGCGCAUCUGCCAAUAAACUGGCAAGGCUUAAGGAGCAAGCGGAGGAGUACGCCGCUUUGAUCAUGGAAGAGCUUGACCCCGAAGGGCUUGGCUACAUUGAGCUGUGGCAAUUGGAGACACUUCUAUUGCAAAAAGACACGUACGUAAAUUACAGUCAGGCUUUAAGUUACACAAGCCAGGCACUGAGCCAAAACCUGGCAUUAAGGAAGAAGAGCCCAAUCCGCAAAAUAAGCAGCACUUUGAGCUACUACCUGGAGGACAACUGGAAACGCUUAUGGGUGCUUGUAUUGUGGAUUGGAAUAAUGGCUGGACUCUUCACCUGGAAGUUCAUGCAGUAUCGUGACCGGUAUGUCUUUAAUGUGAUGGGAUACUGCGUCACAACCGCAAAAGGAGCUGCUGAAACUUUAAAGCUGAAUAUGGCAAUCAUCCUUUUGCCAGUAUGCCGUAACACCAUUACUUGGUUGCGAAAUACUAGGGCUGCACGUGUAUUACCAAUUGAUGACAAUAUCAACUUCCACAAGACUAUUGCAGCAGCAAUUGUGGUUGGUGUAAUUCUCCAUGCAGGGAACCACCUUGUAUGCGAUUUUCCACGGCUUAUACGUUCAUCUGAUGAGAUGUAUGCUCCUUUGGGCAAGUAUUUCGGGGAACCAAAACCAACAUAUCUUACAUUGGUCAAAGGAGUGGAGGGCAUCACUGGGCUAAUCAUGGUCGUUUGCAUGAUAAUUGCUUUUACUUUAGCAACUCGGUGGUUCCGCCGUAGCCUGGUAAAGCUUCCAAAACCAUUCGACAAACUAACUGGCUUCAAUGCGUUCUGGUACUCUCAUCAUCUGUUCGCCAUUGUGUAUGUUGCUCUCAUUGUUCACGGCGAGCAAGUGUACCUCGUUCGUGUCUGGUACAGAAAAUCGACAUGGAUGUAUCUUGCAGUGCCUGUAUGCUUGUAUAUAGGGGAGAGGAUUCUAAGGUUCUUCAGGUCUGGCAGUUAUUCUGUCCGACUCUUGAAGGUGGCCAUUUAUCCUGGUAAUGUUUUGACGUUGCAAAUGUCCAAACCUCCCACAUUUCGUUACAAGAGCGGGCAAUAUAUGUUCGUUCAAUGUCCAGCAGUGUCGCCCUUUGAAUGGCAUCCCUUCUCAAUUACUUCAGCACCUGGGGAUGAUUAUCUCAGCAUUCAUGUUCGACAACUUGGUGAUUGGACACGGGAGCUCAAGAGAGUAUUUUCCGCAGCUUGCGAGCCCCCAGUGAGUGGAAAAAGUGGCCUUCUUAGAGCAGAUGAGACAACUAAGAAAACCUUACCCAAGCUUCGGAUCGAUGGGCCUUAUGGUUCCCCUGCUCAGGAUUAUGGAAAAUACGAUGUUUUACUACUUGUUGGAUUAGGAAUUGGUGCGACACCCUUUAUCAGCAUACUGAAAGAUCUGCUCAACAAUAUCAUCAGAAUGGAGGAAGAGGAGGACGUUUCUACGGAUCUUUAUCCACCAGUUGGUCGGAAUAAGCCACAUGUUGAUCUGGGCACACUUAUGAGGGUUACCACGAGACCAAAGAAGGUCUUAAAGACCACAAAUGCUUACUUUUAUUGGGUGACACGUGAGCAAGGCUCUUUUGAUUGGUUCAAAGGAGUUAUGAAUGAGAUUGCUGAGUUGGAUCAAAGGAAUAUCAUUGAGAUGCACAAUUACCUCACAAGCGUUUACGAGGAAGGGGAUGCUCGGUCAGCGCUCAUCACUAUGCUUCAAGCUCUGAACCAUGCCAAGAAUGGCGUUGACAUUGUCUCUGGAACUAAAGUUCGGACACAUUUUGCAAGACCAAAUUGGAAAAAGGUCCUAGCUAAAAUUGCCUCCAAGCAUCCAUAUGCCAAGAUAGGUGUAUUCUACUGUGGAGCUCCAGUCCUGGCACAGGAACUUGGCAAACUUUGCCACGAGUUCAAUGGGAAAUGCACCACAAAAUUCGAGUUCCACAAGGAGCAUUUCUGAACUCAAGUAAAUACUUGACAGGAAACACGACUAGAUUAUGCUACUUGUACAUCAUUUUUGUCCUUGUAUAUUCUUCUUUACAAAGGAAAGGCGAGACCAAGAUGGAGAUGCAGCCAGAAUAAUUGCACAAACAAGAGGGGUUUUGGGUAAUCAUGUAGAACUACAUGCGGCGUCCAUCAUGGCUUCGGCAGCAUGAACCUGGUGAACCUGCUAGGAGAUUCGUCCCAUGGUCUCGAGCCAAUGUACAGAGACCACCUGAAGACCUUGAGCUUCUCCUGAAUUUAGUUGGGACUAAGUAGGACGGUAUAGGAAUAGGAAAUAGGAAGGGAACCACGAGCCGCAAGGCUAAAGUAACUGUACUACAGUAUUUUCUUUUCGUGCAGCCGAGUGUAGGCAAGAAGUGCGUUUGUGCUUGUAUCUCAAAUACAGAAAACGAAAAGAAUAGUGAAUAGAAGAGGUAGUAUACUCGAGUGUUUGUAAUCUGUAAUUAUACAAUGCUUCAGUAGAACAGUGGUGAUUGGUUCAA